GUCGGUGGGCAGGACUUCCGCCGGAAGCCGGAGUCGUCCGGGAAACCUCAGAACCGAGUUCCGGCCGGUGGUUCCCCGGAGGUCCUGGGCUUGCGCUCUGCGGGUCUAGGCGAAGAUGGCCUGUGCCGCCGCACGGUCCCCGGCCGACCAGGACAGGUUCAUUUGUAUCUAUCCUGCUUACUUAAAUAACAAGAAGACCAUCGCGGAGGGGAGGCGGAUCCCUAUUAGUAAGGCUGUUGAAAAUCCUACAGCUACUGAGAUUCAAGAUGUGUGCUCAGCAGUUGGACUUAAUGUAUUCCUUGAGAAAAAUAAAAUGUACUCUAGAGAGUGGAAUCGUGAUGUUCAGUACAGGGGCAGAGUCCGGGUCCAGCUCAAACAGGACGACGGCAGCCUCUGUCUCGUGCAGUUCCCAUCACGUAAGUCAGUAAUGUUGUAUGUAGCAGAAAUGAUACCUAAACUAAAAACAAGGACACAAAAAACAGGAGGUGGUGACCAAAGUCUUCAGCAAGGAGAGGGAAGUAAAAAAGGAAAAGGAAAGAAGAAGAAGUGACCGGAUGUGAGAGUCAAGUCUGUGGUACUACUGUGAGAGACAGUGAAUGAAGGCUUCUGAUUUAUAUCUAAGAGAAAUGGAAGCUUUUUAUUUGCAUCAUUUAACUGAACUAAGGACAUCUCUGCCUCCCAGCUUCAGCAUCAGAGUUGACAGUGAAAUAAAUUUACAUCAGAAGAUUGCAUCUAGCUCUUAUGCAGUAUAAAAGAAAAUUUUUUUGCCUUUCAACACAGUUUUUGUGGAAGAAAGAAGCAUAUUUUCAAAUGGACAAUGGAUUCUACCAUAAGUUACUUGAAAUCCUCUAUCUGUCCUGUGCGUAAACAUGUUUCAGAUAAAUGAGUUUAAAGAUUUGAGAUACACAUUUUCUUUAGCUUUUAAGUUAAUGAUAUAAAAUUUAAAACUGACUUUUGUAGGUUUUGCUCUUUUGCUUAUGAACUAGUUAAUGCCAGUAGAGGAGAUAAUUUAAGGGAAUAAAAUGGGUAGUGGAAGCUUAGUGUGAGCUUAAAACCAGAAGAAAAUGGUUAAAUCCUCUUGGACAUCUGUAGAACAUAUUAUUUUAAUCGAUCAUUGUAAUCGACUGUUCAAUUACUAGUUUUUUGAUGUAUGGAAAGUCCUGGACUUUAAGCUUUAGAUUUGCUUAUUUUGUAGUCUUAAGAACAUUAUUUUAAUUGGAGUUCUAAAAUUACCCAUGCUUUAACCCCCUGAGAUGUACUUUUUUUUUUCAAGAAACUAAACUGGAUUGGUGAUUCUGACUUUAUUCCAAAGCACUGUUUCUGAAACUGGUAAUUUUGUGUAAGAUUUAAGAGAAUCUCUAUCCAGCCAUUUGUUUUUGUCUCCUGAGCAUCAUUUGGGGAACUGCGUUGACUCCAUAUUUUUCUGGAAGGGCUGUUAAUUACGGGACUGCCUCUUGACCACAGGGUAUGACCCAAGCCAGGCCAGUAGUUUAUUUCUCAGGAAUUCAAAUCUGGAACAAAAACACAGACAUACAGAUGAUGGGAGCUAAAAUAUGUAGUGGUCUACAAAUUUGAGUUACCUGAGUUCUGUUCUUCUUAAGGCCUGGUUUGGCUCUUCUGUGAAUUCUGUCAACUGUGCUUUAUAUCCUUUUAGUAAAUCCCAUUUUUCUUUUAAGUUUUUAUUGCUUGAGAUAAGAAAUUCAACUUGAUUACAAAUAAGUGAACCCAGAGUUUCAGAGCUUUAAGUGGACUUCUAUAGACAUUCAGGCUGUAUGGGGAUCCAUGGAUGUGCAGGAAGAAGUUUUAGAAUCUUUUUUCUCUAAUAAUUACUGUUAUUAAUAUGUCUUAGAGUGAACAUAACAGUAUAGCAGUUUAUAUAUUUGACUUAUAAGUAAAUAUUGGGGCAGUAUAUGCUGAACAAGAUUCAGAGCAGCCCUCUGGGAAAAUGUAUCACUUAGGGAUGUGUAACAAAACAAUGAGGAACUUAAGCAGGAAUAAUUUUUUUUUGAAUUAACAUGAAAUCCAAAAGUUAUUACAGGUGUUAAUUCAGCUGCUCACUGAUACCCUAUUUUAUCUUUCGAUGCCACUCUCCAUGGUUUCCAACACCCCUAGGAUUGUUGUCUCAAGGGCUGAUAGAACCCUUGAGGGCUGAUGUGAUAAAACGUCACAUCAGAGUUCAAGGUAGAAUGAAGAGAUAGCUGUGCCAGGCACUUCUGUUCCCCCCCCUUAAAAGGAAAGCUAAAGAUUUCUCAAAAUCCCUCCCAGCCAACGUUCAUUUAAGUCUCCUUGUCAAGCACUGUGCUCCUGUCCAUCCUCAGCAACACUGAGGCUAGGAAAGUAUAUAGCUUUCUCAGUGAUGAAAAUAGAGUCAGCCAAAGAAGAAACUUGACGCUGGAUAUUGGGGCAAUCAAUGUAAAUAAUUUGUCAGAGAAAGAUGACCAGAGUCUAAAAUUACUUUGGUUAUGGGGCAAUAAAGAUGGUCAGAAAAGUUUUCA